UGAACAUUUAUUCACAGAAACGAAAUAUAAUUAAUAACUUAAAUUCAUAUUUUUUUAUUACCACUACUCAGCAAAAGACUGUUACUGUGUUAAGAACAAACUCGAGCCUAGUCUAGAUUGACUAGAUCUACACCUAAAAUCUAGAGUCUAGUUGAGUAGAAAAUGUCACUAAAACUUACUAGACAUCGACCAACAGGACUUAAGAAGCCUAGACCUUUGAUUUCAAGACAGCUUUCAAAUUCAGAACCAACAGUUGAAUCAAAAGAGCUGGAGGCUAGCCCUGAAGUAAAGAAAGAAGAGGACAGUAGCACAGAGAAAGAUAAAUGUGAAAGCAGUGUAGUAGUGUUUACAUUAAAAAACAAAGAAGGCUUUGAGUUGAUCUUGACUGGUCGUAAUGCAAAAGCAGUCUUGAGCGCAACCAACACUCUGAUGCAGCACAGUGAUAUUGAACUGGUCAGCAUGGAGGUUGUGUGUGACGGAGAGACAGAUCAGAAUGAUAAUCAUGUAAGGACAGGAGACAUACAGAAAGAAGACUUAAUGAAUUUCAAAUGUCAGCCUGAAAUGUUGUUUAAGAAAGCUUUGAUGUACAGCAAGGAAUAUUUGAUCAAAUUAAGUCAAUCCAAGUUGUCCAAGGCUCCACCUCCACUGUGGAAUGUUCUAGUACACACUCAUUCACCUUGCUGCCUUCCAGCUGAACAGAAAAACAAAGAUGCAUGUUUCUGAAAACAAAUUUACAAAAAUAUCAGGAAAAAAGUGUCUUCCUAUUUCCAGCCAUCUAAGUUUAAGCCUCAUGAUGGAUCUUAUGUACAUGAAGACAGAAAGUGACAGAAUGUGUCCUAUAGGAAUUUUGUGUGUGUUUGUUUUAUUCCUGACUCCAUACAGUUUAUUUAACAUUGAAAGAAGUUAUUGACAUAGCAAAGCAAGGGGGACAACUGCCAAAUACAGCUUAAGGGGAACUAGAAAAAAAAUCUUGUGCUUUAAAAGUUAUGGACAUAAGCAUAGGGGGACACUGCCAGAUGUAAUUACAAAAACUGUUACUUACUAACAAAGGAAACAAAAUAUUUUUAGGCUAACGUUUUGCUUGGGCUCAAACUUAUGUUUUGGUCAUACUAAGAUCUUGUAAACAAAAAAUACAAAUGGGGGAGAGAUGAAGCUCUUGGCAGCUUGUUUUGUUAUCUCACUAAUUUCUUUGUGUUUUAUGUUUUGUUAUUUUAUUGUCACCAAACACCCUCCUACCUCAGUCUUGAAACAUUCCAAUACCUUGGUGGAUGUUCCAGUCUUACAGUGUUGUCUUUCGAAUAAUAAAAAGUAUUCUUGUA